AUGCUCAUCCGGGACAUUGCAAUGGAACAUUGGUAAUGGCGGUCAAGGUGGCAACUUAGCAUGAGGAGAAUUGCACACCAAGAACAAGUUUGAAACGAUUGAAACGUAACACUUUAAUGUUUUUGAGAUAAAAUUUGACCGUAAUGAUGCAGAAUGUUACCUCAGAUGAAAAUGUUUCAACAAAUAAAAACAUUAGAACUGUCGAAAUCGAGCAAGGUAGUCAGACAGUAUCGUAUCCAUCGUUAGAGAAAAACGAAACCAUACAAUCCUCGCAGUCGACUUUUGGACCAGACCUAAGUGAUGACGAUGAGGUGUCUGAUGUUGGUUCAUUUAUUAUGGAUCAUGACAUUGAUGAAGAAGACCAGGACAUUGAGCCAAAAUUUCUUCUGCCCACGGAAGGACUAGAGGCAUCCAACAUUCCUUCUAUAGACCCAGAAACUCACGCCAGACUAGAGGCAUUACUGGAGGCAGCAGGCUUAUCUUCAGGUAUAGGAAAACUGUCAACAGCAGAUGGGAAAGCCCUGACAGACCCGGAAGUCUUAAGGAAACUGACGUCCUCGGUCAGUUGUGCCUUGGAUGAAGCAGCUCAAGCCCUGCACAGAAUGCGAGCAGAGCAGCAGGGACAAUUGCCAGGCACAGAAGGUUCCAGGUCCCUAGCCGAGGCCUGCAGUGAUGGGGAUGUACCAACUGUUCGCAAACUGUUGCACGAAGGAGGAAGUGUACAUGAAACCACUGAGGAAGGAGAAAGCUUACUAUCUCUUGCAUGCUCAGCUGGAUAUUAUGAACUGGCUCAAGUCUUAUUGGCAAUGAAAGCUAAUGUUGAAGAUCGAGGUAUCAAGGGGGACUGUACUCCAUUGAUGGAGGCUGCCAGUGGAGGAUAUGUGGACAUUGUCAAACUUCUCAUUGCUCAUGAUGCAGAUGUGAAUGCACAGUCCUCUGCAGGCAACACUCCUCUCCACUAUGCAGCAUGUGGUGGGUUUGAAGAUGUGGUACAGGAGUUGAUAGAAGCUGGAGCCAAUGUUGAGCAGCACAAUGAGAAUGGACACACCCCAUUGAUGGAAUCAGCCAGUGCAGGGCAUGUAGGCGUGGCUAGAAUUCUCCUUGCUGCUGGGGCAGGAAUCAACACCCACUCAAAUGAAUUCAAAGAGAGUGCUCUCACUCUGGCUUGUUACAAAGGGCAUUUGGAAAUGGUGAAGUUUCUGCUGGAAGCUGGGGCAGACCAAGAGCACAAGACAGAUGAAAUGCACACUGCAUUAAUGGAAGCAUCGAUGGAUGGCCAUGUAGAGGUGGCACGGCUUCUAUUAGACAGUGGUGCUCAGGUCAACAUGCCCGCAGACAGCUUUGAGUCGCCCCUGACAUUGGCCGCCUGUGGAGGUCAUGUAGAUCUGGCCGCUUUGCUGAUUGAACGAGGAGCCAACCUAGAGGAGGUAAAUGAUGAAGGAUACACCCCGUUGAUGGAGGCUGCCAGAGAGGGGCACGAGGAAAUGGUGGGGCUACUCCUGGCCAAUGGAGCUUACAUUAAUGCCCAAACAGAGGAGACCCAGGAGACGGGAUUGACCUUGGCUUGUUGUGGUGGAUUCUUAGAGGUGGCAGACUUUCUGAUUAAAGCAGGGGCUAACAUAGAGCUAGGUUGUAGCACGCCACUGAUGGAGGCUGCACAGGAGGGACAUCUUGAUCUCGUUCGAUAUCUCCUGAAAGCAGGUGCAAAUGUCCAUGCCACCACUGGUACAGGAGACACUGCUCUGACUUAUGCCUGUGAAAAUGGUCACACAGAUGUUGCAGAGGCUUUGCUAGAGCACGGAGCUGAACUGGAGCAUGAGUCCGAGGGAGGCAGAACACCACUGAUGAAGGCUGCAAGGGCUGGAUAUCUCUGUACUGUGCAAUUUCUUAUCAGCAAAGGGGCUGAUGUGAAUCGCGCAACCUCCACCAAUGACCAUACUGUUUUGUCACUGGCCUGUGCUGGUGGACAUCUGGCAGUUGUUGAACUUCUCCUGGCUCAUGGAGCUGACCCAGCUCACAAACUCAAGGAUGGAUCCACUAUGAUCAUUGAGGCUGCCAAAGGUGGUCAUACACAGGUUGUCAAGCUUCUCUUGGAGUAUCCAAACCGUGUGCUCAUGAAUUCCCCUGAAUCUGCCCUUGUGCCAUCUGAGACAAAUAUUCCAGAGUCUCGAGUUCCUGUACAAGGUUUGGGGAACAUUGUUCCACCUAGUGAUCCUAACUCUUCACCAGGUCAGAGUAACAUUACCUCUCUCCAAACAGCUGCACAAAAUGUGAUAAAAAAGGCUACUGAGAAGGAUUCUAAUCUUCCUCUGAGAAAUCCAGACCAAGUUUGGAAGAACAUGCAGAAGUCAGUUGGAAAAAGGAACCAUAACAAUAGUGGCAGUGAUAGCACAAGUAAACCAAGUAAAACAACCAGCAUACCUCCACCCCCUCCUCCCCCAGCUGUCACCCCUCAGUCUGGGGAUGGUACACCAACACCUCCACAGUAUGGAGACAUGGGGAAUCUGUCCGAUGAGGCUUUGGAUGUCAAGGCUAGUGAAAGGCUGGAGGCUAUCAUCAACAACGUGAUGGCGAAAGAACUUGAUAGUAGCUCAGCGACAAGGGAAGAGCAGAUUCUGAGGAAGCAGCAGAUUCUUCAUGAGCUGCAGAAAGUUGAGAAGGAACUUCAGGAGAAAGCACAGGCACAGUUGUUUUUGAGUGCUCAGCAUCAACUUGAGCAGCAACAACAACAGCAGCACCUGCAGCAUGUCCUGCAACAAGGGGCCAAAGUCCUACAGCGAACUCUGGAAGUGCAAGUCAAGAUAAAGCAGGAGGAAAACAGUGCAGAGGGGUCUUCAGCCGAGGAGAAGGUAGAGGGAGAAUCGCCAGCUAGUCCUCAGCCCUCCAACGACCUAGAUAAACAGGUUACCAGUCUGUUACCAGCGGAUGUUGCAGCUAGCGGCCAGAUUGUAUUCCCAAAUAUACCGUAUGAUUCCAAUCUGUUACCAGCAUCUUCUAGUCAACCUGUCGGUGUGCCCUCACCAGCUUCAUCUGAAGCAAGCACACCAAAGGAGAAUAAAGACUGGCCGCGCAACAAUGGAAAUACCCCUAAACGUGGAGCCAGUGCCAAAGGAGGCAACCGAACCAAAACUCCUAGCUCUAGUGCUCCCGCUACACCAACUGCAACCAUUGCUCCCCCGAAUGUGAUGUCUGGAGAUCAAAACAAAGGAAAUCAACCCAACCAGCAAGUAACACAAUCAACAGCUGGCAUCCAAUCACCAGCCAACAACAACUCUGCAGUGGCCCUAGCAACAUACCGACAACAAAUCCAAAACAUUGUUCUUCGACAUCAACAACAGCAACAGUUGCAACUUCAACAGCAGCAACAACAAAAUCCCCAACAACAGCAGAAUCAGUCACAACAACAAACGAUUCAGUUUCCACAGCUCCCUCAGUUACAACUGACCCCAGAACAGCAAGAACACCUACUUACUAUGUUGUCUCAACAAACCUUCCAACCCCAGAUAACCAACCCCUCUAUACCCUGUCAACAGGUACCUCAGCAGGUCCCACAACAACAAUUUGCACAGCAACCCAUGAUCCAACAGCCUCUACAGCUGAUCCAGCCACCACAGCCAAUGACUCAGCAGCAACAACAGCAACUCUUGCAGCAACAGCAACAAGCUCAGAUACUGACACAGCAGUUACAGCAACAGAUUAAGCCCCCACAACCAGCACCACCGCAGACAGCCAAUGUACAGAAGAAUGCUCGCAACAAACGACAUCUGUACAACAACCAGCAACAGGCAACAAGCAAUGGGAACAUGCAGGGUAUUGAGACCAUAACUCCACCUCCUUCCACCCCACUGACACCUAAUCCUUCUCCAGCUUCACCGCAAAGCAUCUCCCCACUCUGUACCCCAGAUCUAGAUGCCCAGACGGAGAGCAAUCAUGACACGGCCCUGACAUUGGCAUGUCAUGGAGGACACUCUGAGCUUGUUAACUUAUUGCUGUCAAAAGGAGCCGACAUAGAGCACAGGGACAAGAAAGGUUUUACACCAUUGAUUCUGGCCGCAACAGCAGGGCAUGUUGAUGUUGUUGAGAUUUUGUUGGAGUCCGGGGCAGAUAUGGAGGCCCAGUCAGAAAGAACAAAAGACACCCCUCUGUCUUUGGCUUGCUCUGGUGGGCGAUAUGAGGUUGUUGAGCUUUUGUUGUCCAAGGGUGCCAACAAGGAGCACAGAAAUGUUUCUGAUUAUACGCCUCUUAGUCUGGCUGCCUCUGGAGGAUAUGUUAACAUCAUCAAACUUCUUUUAUCUCAUGGGGCAGAAAUCAACUCGAGGACGGGUAGUAAGCUUGGGAUUUCUCCUUUGAUGUUGGCUGCUAUGAAUGGACACACCGCAGCAGUGAAACUUCUGUUGGACAUGGGAAGUGACAUCAAUGCACAGAUAGAGACAAACAGGAAUACAGCUUUGACACUGGCAUGUUUCCAAGGUAGACAUGAAGUAGUGAGUCUGUUGGUGGACAGAAAAGCCAAUAUUGAACAUAGGGCUAAGACUGGUCUAACUCCCUUGAUGGAGGCUGCUUCUGGUGGUUAUGUGGAGGUGGGAAGAGUCUUAUUGGACAAAGGGGCUGAUGUCAAUGCUCCUCCUGUCCCCUCCUCCAGGGACACAGCACUGACCAUUGCCGCAGACAAAGGACACUACAGAUUUGUAGAACUUCUUCUGUCCAGGAAUGCUGCAGUAGAUGUGAAGAACAAAAAGGGAAACUCUCCUCUCUGGCUUGCAUGCAAUGGUGGUCAUCUGGAUGUUGUCCAGUUGUUGGUAUCGGCAGGAGCUGACAUUGACAGUCAAGACAAUCGUAAAGUCUCGUGCUUAAUGGCAUCAUUUCGUAAAGGUCAUGUGAAGGUCAGCAAGUGGAUGGUAAAGCAUGUUAACCAGUUUCCUUCUGAUCAGGAGCUGUCAAGAUAUAUUGCCACUGUAUCUGACAAGGAACUCCAAAAGAAGUGUCAACAGUGCAUGGAGAUCAUUGUAAGUGCAAAGGACCGACAAGCAGCAGAGGCCUUCAAAAAUGCUAAUAUCUUACUGGAGGAAUUGGACAAGGAGAGGCAACAUGAAGAAAACAAAAAGGCGGCAGCAGCCAAAAAGAGAGAGAGAAAAAAGAAGAAAAAGAAGGAAAAACAACUAGAAAAAGAAGAUGUUAAAGAUCUGGAUGAAGAAGAGGAUACGAACAGCAACAGUAAGAAUUCAACACCAGAACCAGAAAAUUGUGUGAAUGACAGUUACCAGCCAGAAAAGGAAGAGAAUUUAGAUCUUGAUGAAAGGAUUCCCUUACAGCCUCCAAUGGCCACUGUAGUGUCUACAAUUGGCACUUUGUUGCCAAGUGCCAGUGAGCCAACAUACAGCAAGUCUGGAAGAAACAAGAAUAACAAUCGCAUUGCUGAAACUUCUUCAAUGAGUUCUGCGGAAUCAAGAAAGAACAAAAGGAAUCGAAAGGAGAGGGAGAGAGUGUCUGAUGUGGAGAAUGUCCCAGUUCCAGUCAGCACCACAGUGUCUCUCACUACUGCUACCACUACUACCAACCACUCCUCGGCAGGACAAAAUGACAACACCAACAGGAAGAAAAAGGGGGAUAACUCAGUAUCAUCAGCAUUUGGAUCAGGUAUUGGGGAUCUGGAUGACUUUGGGACUCUUCCGGAGACUUUCAAAAUCAGUGACAGGGAGGUAGAGAAAAUGAGAAAGAAUGUGGAGAAAACCAAACUGGAUAAAUCUGACCAUGUGUUGCAUGUCAACAAACAGAAUGGUGAGAAUGUGUCGCCUACUGUUCACAGCCUCCAUGUGAAGUCAACUCCUGUGAUAGCUAGCCCGAAGAAAGGUCAGAAGAAGGAGGAGGGAUGGAAAGAGGUUGUUAGAAGACCAAUCUCCUGCAAGUCCAAAAAAGUGCAAGUGCCGUCAUCAGCCAUCAGUCGUGUGAUUGGACGUGGGGGAUGUAACAUCAAUGCUAUACGAGAGGUGUCUGGUGCCCAUAUUGAAGUGGAAAAACAACGUGGAUCGGGAGAGAGGGUCAUUACCAUCAAGGGCACUGUGGAUGGAACCAAGCAGGCUCACACUCUCAUCUCUGCUUUGAUAGCAGACCCAGACAAAGAUUUGCAGGAGCUUAUACCUAAAAAUAAGAACAAAACCAGCACUAAAGAUCAGUCCAUGUUCUUUAAUCCUGAGACUUUGAUGCCUCCUGCUUCAACACCUGGUCAAACACCAAACUCCAACACUAAGAUAACCUCUAACACUAGAAACAUGGGUCCUCGUGGUCAAAAUCAGUCUAGCAAUGCUCGACCUCAAACAACUGUCAGUAGUUCUGUUCCCAUUUCAUCAAUGGUGUGGGGAGGUCCUCCGUCACAACCUCCAAUAACAUCCCCAAGGAGAAGUCAACUGAAGCAGGCUUCCUCUGUUCAACCAGGGCAGAUCAACCUUGAGAAAAAUGUCACUCGCCAACUGUUUCCCAAUGAAACCAAGAACCGGGGAGGGUUUGGAAUACCGCCUAGUACCAGCAGUAAUACAACUGUUUCUUAUACUCUGGCUUCUUCUACCUCCAAAGUGACAACUUCAGGUUCCCCUAUCUUUGCUCUUAAACCAGAUACCAAUAAACAGGCAAUGUCCAACAAGGCAGGACAUAUACGUCCACCAGUUCCAGGCAAUAUUAAGGUACUGCAGCGGCCAGGAAGUGGGCAUAAGCAAGAUCCACAACCACUACCCAUUAUCAGUGGUCAGCAGAAUGGACCUACUGCUCCCCCUAUCAUUGGCCCUAAUGGACAGUUUUUGCCACCAAAUUCUCCUGCCGCAUCAUUUUCUCCUUUCAAUAAUUUAUUCAGCAAUGUUGCUGAUCAGCUACUGAAAAAAGACGAUGCAUCUGAGAGAAUGAAUUUUGCCAGUGUUGCAGCUGCUGGAGUAAUUGGCAGUCUCACCAAUUCCAGCUCUGCCUCAGAUUUAGCUCCCACGAAGGUUGAUCCACAGCUUCAGGCCAAAGCUCCUGGAUUUAGACCUGUCAGAAACCCAUCACCACACGAAAUAGAAAUGAGAUUUAAGGGAAUGCAAUUGACACCUCAAAUGAUGAAUGAAAUGGACAGUAGAAUGUUCCGUGCGAGCAUGCCUAAUCAGUCGCCGUCAAUGUCUCCAAGAUCUAGUACGUCUACACCAAAUACCAAUAUGUCCCCACGAAAUCAGACUAAUGCUAGUCUUGAUUCAGGUCACAUUUCAUCUACAGCCAAUCAGAAAGAGGAAUACACAACACCAUCUCAGCCCAUGACUCUGCCUAAGAUUGAGAGUACGCUCAAUCCUAAUGCUCCAGAUUUCACUUCACGUCAAGCAGGUGGUCCUCCAAAUCACCCAGGAGGAAACAUGCCACCCAACAACCUGGCUAUGGGAUAUCUUCUGUACCAACAGGCACUGGCUCAGCAACUACAAAACCUAGGUGGCCCAGGACCUAACUUGUUGUCACCAGGGAUGAUAUCUCAGCAGGAAUUUGCGAACUUGAUCCAUCAGUUUGUAGCAAGUGGACAGGCUCAGCCUCCUGCAGGAUCAUCCCCACCAGUUGGGGUCCCAACAAGUGGCAACACAGUCCCCUCAGGCCUGGGUGUUCCAGGACAACCCCCCGUGCCACCACGCCCUUUCUCUCCCUUAACACAAGGGCGGCCCAGUAGUGCUCCAUUAAUGGGUGGGAUGCCAAGAGAUGGAAAUUCCCCAGGACCUAUUGGAGCCCCUCCACCUGCUGCAUCACCCCUGACCGUGUCCCCUCAGAUGUCUGAUCAGAUUAAGUCAGAGGACAGGAGACCUGUAGGACCUAUAGGAGGAGAGAGGCCCAUGGGUCCUAUUGGUGGAGAGAGGGCACAACGACGAGCCCCAGGCCCUGUUUCAGCAACGCCCAUUUCUGUCGCAAAUGACUACACCCCAGCAUUUUGGAACAUUGCCACAGAACUGAGUAUGCAGUGGGGCCCUGUGAGUUCUUCCUCCUCUAUACAUGACAGCAGUACUUCUGUUGUAACCUCUAGUGAAGGAGGGAUGGCAUCACUGAAAAACCAUGCAGACUUUUUAGAGGGGCGAGACUUGUCUGACCAACAAAUGGAUAAAGUUCUUAAUACAUCUAUAGGUAUGGAGUACUACAAUAAAGGCAUGGGCCCGGGGGGAAGUGGUCAGUUCUCUCAGCAGAAUUUUAUUCCUGGUCCAGUAGGGGAUGGAAUGCCAAAUAAUAUGUGGAAUCCACAGACGAAGGGACAGGUUUCUGAAGCUUCUGAUAAAGUGAUGUGGAAUUCCUGGAGUUCGCAGACCAGCAUGUAAUGGUUGAUUUUAUCGAAGAUGGAUGUGGUUAUUUUUUCCUUUGUUAAUUGGCUUGAUUUUGACACUGAUGACACAUGUAAUAUGAUUAUUAUGUAUGUAGCAUGUGGACAUGAAAUUGUCUUAUUAUGAUUGUAGAAAUGAAAACAGAAUGCUUGCAUCAUUUUCUUUGUUAUUUGUCAACGCUGAUAGCAUUUCCCAUUUGGAGACAAAUAUCUAGUUGUAUGUAUUCAAGGUGUAUAAAUAAAAAAGAAUACCUUGGAAUUCAUAGUGUUGAUGUAUUUGUCUUCCUUGAUGAGUCAAAUAUGUAAUAUACAAAUACAACAGUACAGGUUUUAUGAUACAUGUGGUUUAGAUUGUAAUUUGGAGAAGAAUAAAAGGGAUAAACCAACUGAU